UUUGGACGUGCCGUCGACAUUUUCCCCAACUCGGGAAACCCCGGGUGGUCUAUACUGGCACCGCGGCUUGGAGAACGGGCUGCGGACCAAUUACACCAACGGAAGCGGCGCCACACAUGUAGACAUAGACAUACACGUUGACGAGAUGCCACUGUAUAAAAAUCUGUCACAGGUAUCUUGGACCAUCCUGGGGAUGGUUCAGGAUCCGGUUCAGCAAACAGAGCCGUUCGUGAUCGGAACCUACACCGGAGAGAAGUGUCCCCAACGGAUGCGCGAUUUUCUCCGUCCGUUGGUGGACGAAGUAAAUUCCUUGAAUGGACAAAACGUCACUAUUAAUGCGGCCUCCGUCAGGAUCGACGGAUUUAACACAGAUCACAGAGCACUGUGUUUAAUAAAAGAAGUCCAAGAAGGCUCGCAACUGGCUUGCCACAAGUGCGAAGCCAUUGGCUGGCAGGCACAUGGUGGCAUGGUGUACCCCAUCGAAAAGGGUGCACAAAGAACCGACGCGGGUUUCCGAGAGCUCCGAUACUUUGGCCACCAUAAGGAAGAGCUCGUUGGCGAGGGUGAAAACCAGAGGAUGGUCGCAAUACAAUCGGCUUUGGUAGGCAUCAAUUAUAUCGAUAUGGUAGAAGAUUUCAGAAUCGGAGAUGAAGAACACCUGUUGCACACAGGUAUUUUUGUAAAUUUGCUUGAAAAUUUAAUGAAGGGAAAUGGUAGAGAGAUUUUACCGAUAGAGCAGAGAAAAUUAGAGAAAUUGAAUCGUCGGUUGAUGAGAACAACGCUACCGUGCGAAUGCUCUCCCCGCCACUUUGUUCCAAUAUCUAAAGAUUUGGCACAAUAUCUUCUUAAUCGACUUUAUUUAGGCAAUUUAAUGAAGUAUGUAGGGAUAACGUUUUUCAAAGAUGCAAUGCAGCCAGAGCUGUUUGAUAUGUUCAUACGAGUUUAUUGGGGCAUGUCCCUUUUAAGCUCGAGCUACUUCAGAGCGCAUUGGCCGGUGGCGGAAAUUUUUUUUAGCCAAUUUCUAUCCUUGUACAAGGAGAAAUUCGGCCAAAUAAGUUAUAAGUUUCAUUGCCUGACUCAUCUUGUGGAAGAGGUCACACGAUUUGGGCCGUUAAAGAGAAAUUCGUGCCGGCCUUUCGAUAACAUGCUGAACUCCCUCCGGCACGUGGUGGACAGGCGGCAAUCGGCCCUGGACCAGGUGAGUAGUACAUUGCUUCUCCGGGAAGCUGCUUUCCGGAAGUCCGGAAAUGCGCCUAAUUUCCCUCUUAGCACUAAGUAG